CUCCAUGUACUGUGCGCCAUUUUGGAAGAAAAAAAUCUGGGAUAAUUUCCGUGGUCUUGACAGAUCCGGACCCGAGUCUGCACACUGAUUGUGGAUGUUAUCAUUCUCCCCCGAGCAAGCCGCGUUGGUUGAUUUGGUAUUGGAGGCUGUGUACAGCAAGAGCUACUAAAUGAAGCAAUGGCGGGAGUUGCAGGAGGAAAUGAUUUCCAGUGGUGUUUCUCGCAAGUGAAAGGAGCGAUAGAUGAAGAUGUUGCGGAAGCUGACAUAAUAUCAACAGUUGAGUUCAAUUAUUCUGGAGAGUUACUUGCAACUGGAGACAAAGGAGGCCGAGUAGUGAUAUUCCAACAUGAACAGGAGUCCAAGAAUCGUCCACACCUCCGCGGGGAGUACAACGUCUAUAGCACUUUUCAGAGUCACGAGCCAGAAUUCGACUAUUUGAAAAGUUUAGAAAUCGAGGAAAAAAUAAAUAAAAUAAGAUGGCUACCCCAACAAAAUGCUGCUCACUUUCUACUUUCAACAAACGAUAAAACUAUCAAAUUGUGGAAAAUAAGUGAAAGAGAUAAACGAGCAGAAGGUUACAACCUGAAAGAUGAAGACGGGCGACUCAGAGACCCCUUUAGAAUCACCUCUUUACGGGUACCAGUGCUGAUGCCAAUGGGUCUCAUGGUAGAAGCAAGCCCUCGGAGGAUCUUUGCAAAUGCGCACACCUAUCACAUUAAUUCCAUUUCUGUAAAUAGUGAUCAUGAAACUUACCUCUCUGCAGACGACCUAAGAAUAAAUCUAUGGCACUUGGAAAUCACAGACAGAAGUUUUAAUAUUGUAGACAUAAAGCCCGCCAACAUGGAGGAACUGACAGAAGUAAUCACAGCUGCUGAGUGCCAUCCACACCAAUGCAAUGUAUUCGUGUACAGCAGUAGCAAAGGCACCAUCCGCCUGUGUGACAUGCGAGCAGCGGCGCUCUGCGAUAGGCACUCAAAGUUCUUCGAGGAGCCGGAGGAUCCAAGCAGCCGAUCCUUCUUCUCUGAGAUCAUCUCCUCCAUCUCAGAUGUGAAGUUCAGUCACAGCGGACGCUACAUGAUGACACGUGACUACCUCUCUGUCAAAGUUUGGGACCUCAACAUGGAGAACAGGCCAGUGGAGACGUAUCAGGUCCAUGAAUACCUUCGCAGUAAACUCUGCUCCUUGUAUGAAAACGACUGCAUCUUCGACAAGUUCGAGUGCUGCUGGAAUGGCAGUGACAGUGCCAUCAUGACCGGCUCCUACAACAACUUCUUCCGAAUGUUCGACCGCAACACCCGGCGGGACAUCACACUGGAGGCGUCCCGGGAGAGCAGCAAACCGCGGGCCACGCUGAAGCCGCGCAAAGUGUCCACCGGCGGCAAGCGGAAGAAGGACGAGAUCAGCGUGGACAGCCUGGACUUCAACAAGAAGAUCCUCCACACUGCCUGGCACCCCAAAGAUAACGUGAUCGCUGUGGCAGCCACCAACAACUUGUACAUUUUCCAGGACAAAAUCAACUAGAAGAUUUUUCGGGGGCUCCGGCAGAUAGGGCUUUUACCGUACCUGUGUAGUUAAGCCUACUACUUGUCUAUCUGUAUAAGAAGAAAACAGCCUUGUUGUCCUCCUGGUGAAGAAUUCGAAAGCACGCGUCUACUUUUUUUGCCACAGGAGGUUGAUCCAUAGGCCUGUUUCAUUUUGAGUCUGAGCUUAGGUUGUUUUUUUGCCUUUUGGCACCCAGGGCGACCGACAUGCCCCCCGCCCCCUCCCUCCCCGACCCAGAAAGUCCAAUUCGGGUCUAAUUGAUGGAAUGGCACUCCCCAGAGGUCAAACUCUUGAACGUUGGUGUUUGUGUUGACAUUUUAAGCCUUCAUUUCACGAUUUAACGACAGAACUCUCGGAAGUCCUUAAAACUGACGUCUUGUCAAGGUUGUAUCAUCAUUUCAAAGACCGCGGGCCCUUCUGAAGCACGGAUCAACGGCCAAUAGACCCAACUGUAACAUUCCCCCUAUCGGCCGUCUAUUCAGGCCAGACUCCUGGUGGAAAAGGCCAAGAAUUUGGAAAGUGGACUCCGUUUCUUUUCCUCCCAUCCCUUUUCUUAUUUUUACCCCAGUCAAUACGGUGACAUAAUUUCACUGACUGUAUCUACUCAAGUACACCUUGUCAUCCACAUAAUAAAAGAAACUAAAACUACAGAUGUGUUUUUAAAUUUAGAAGUAUGUAUUAAAACAUGUUUAUUGCUUUGCAUGUUUUUUUUUUGUUGUUUUUUGUUUUUUUUUAUGUUGUAGAGGGGUGGAGAGAUGUCCAAGUCACACCACUGUCUUUUUUUGAGCAGAUCUCAAAGCAAAUUUUGUUGAGGAAAUACUACUCGGGGGCGACCAGUCUGAGAUACCACUGUUUGGAGAGACGAUCGAUGGCGUGUUCGCGUCGAGAGAUGGAAGUUUUAGUUGUUUUUUUUUAAACAUGUUUUUGCUUUUGUUUUUCAGGAUGCAGGCUGGAAACUUAAAAUGGCACAAGAUAGGGUCCAGGACAAAGGGAAAUCUGCAGCCUUAAUACCUACUUCUAUCAGUGACAGCUACAAGUUUUUUGUCCCCAGACGUUUUACGAACCUCAUGUGCAUUAUUUGUAAAAUCCUAUUUUAUAGAGUUAUGUCCUCAUAUACUGCUGCUACACGUGGCCGUCUAUGAAAAACACACCGAUGAGGAGGAGGAGGGUUGCACAUCGUACGGUUUAUGUGAUAGAGUGCCUCCGAGUCAUGUAACAAGUAGGGAAUCCAGACAGGCCUCGUACAUGUGCCCUUACCCAUUUAUUAGGGAUGUCACUCAAAACUCCAACCGCAUAUUCGCAAAAAAAAAUGUGGAUCUUAUCUCUGUAGUUGUGAAUGCAGAAAUGAAGGUUGACCACACACACACACACACACACAAACAAAAAAAAACAUAUACUGAUACCAUUAAAACAAACACAUAAUAAUGCAUUGUCUUUGUCCAUUGAUUCCUAACAUGGUGACAAUGUAUUCACUUGUUUAUUAUUUUGACCAAAGUUCAAUAAAAUUUUAAUUGUGUUCAUCUG